UUUUAGAGCAAUAUUAAUCAAUAAUGGAGGAUGAUGUUAAGGUUUUUGGUCUAUGGGCAAGUCCAUAUACCCAGAGGGUUAUAUGGGCACUAAAAUUAAAGGGUGUGACUUAUGAGUACAUUGGGGAAGAUCUAGCAAACAAGAGCAACCUGUUAUUGCAAUACAAUCCCAUCUACAAGAAGGUUCCUGUUCUUGUACAUAAUGGAAAACCAGUAGCAGAGUCAAUGGUCAUUCUUCAAUACAUUGACGAGACAUGGCCUCAGAUCCCUCUUAUGCCCCAAGACGCUAAAGAGAGAUCCAAUGUUCGUUUUUGGUCAAAAUUCAUCGAUGAAGCGAUAACGCACCUUAUCGAAUUUUUCCGGUAUGAUGGAGAAAAACACGAGAGGGAAAUGAAAGAGAUUUGGGAAGCUUUGAGACUCAUAGAAAAAGAAAGUGGACUUGGUAAAAAGAAAUUCAUUGGUGGCAACACCAUAGGAUUGGCAGACCUUGCCUUGGGAUGGGUUGCUCAUACUCUGGUGGCCAUGGAAGAGGUGAUUGGAGUCAAGUUCAUCACUGCUGAAGAGUUUCCUCACCUUCACUCAUGGAUAGGGAAUUUCUUGGCAACUCCUGCUAUAAAAGACAAUCUCCCAUCUCAUGAGCUAGCAGUUGAGUAUUUCAAAGAAAAGAGGAAGAUGUGUCUUGCAAUAUUUGCUACCCAACCUUGUCACCACCAUCACUAGAUCUAUAUUAUUAUGUAUAAUAAUUAUGAUUUAAUUUAUAUGCAACAACACAAGAGU